UGGACACUGCUGGCAUAAGUCAUAUAUUAAUGAAAAAGUCAAAUAUCUUUUGUCAUUUAUGACACUUUUUUAAGCUUGGCACAGUGUGGACCUUAAUGAAUUCUUUCCAACACAACGUCUAAAUAUGGAACAGAUUUCCUGUAGCGUUCAGUAAUAAGCUCCUCUCUCUCUGCAUCAUGUCUGAACAGUGAUUUUCUGACUAGCUGGUGGGAUCUUUAUGCACACAUUGAAUGAUUUCCAAUUUUAGAGAAAGUAGCAUAAUUUCAUGUCCUUUUAUGGAUCAUUGGGUUUCUUGUUUUUAAGUCUUUUCCUGAACAAAGUUUCUUCUUUUUUUUUUUUGCUUUAGUUUCUUUUGUCAAGAAUGGAGGCAUGAAUCUAAAGUGAUCUCCUGAGAUUUAUCAUUAUUUUUUCUUCACAAAUCUACUGAUGUGUCACAUAAAAUGAGUUUUUACAUCCUUCCUGCUAAGUUCUCACUAAUCCUGGGAGGAGUUGGUGGCUUCUUGUGCUCCCAUGCAGACCGCUUCCUCUCAUGCUUGCGUGACCUCAGAGAUGAUUGUUUGGUGUAAAUGAUGGAUGCUUUUUAAUCUCUGACACAGCCAAGCUUCCAUCCCAGAGAGGGGCGGUGGAGGAGCUUCAACCGCCAUCUGUUGAGCUCCCCCCACGUCCAUCCUUGUCUGCUCGACUGAUAAAUCGGACACUCAAUCCAUGUAAAUCAUUUGACACAUUGCUAGAUGAGGCUGUUGUGUCACGUUCUGGAAGUUUCGUCAAGAAUUGUUAAAAAGAAAUUAAAAGUAAAUUAAUCAAUCUAAGAAAUAAUUGAUAAAUCUGAGCUCUAAAAAAAUAAAAAUUUGAUGCCCUUUUUCUCAUAAUAGGGGCUUGUGUUUGUGUGCACACGCUGUCGUCUGGCUGCAGCCUGUGCUGCAGUGGAUUAGUCAGCUGCUUCUCUUUAAAGGAAGUGCAGAGAGAGUCUCCUUCAGUGGGUCAGAGUCAUCUUCGAGAUGCAGCGUAUCUACGUGCGCAGCAAUGAACACUUUGAGGUUUUCACCACUGUCCUUGCUCCUCAAGGCAGGUAUCGAUACAGGGUGGAAGCUGAAAAGAUGGUAGUGGUGCACAGAUACAGGCCUCAUUGGCCAGAUGAGCUGGAGUUGUUUCCAGGUGACGUCAUCCUGGUGCAGUCCAAACAUGAGGAGAGGUGGUUCGGGCGGCUGCAGGACGGACGGCAUGGGUACUUCCCAGCCUCGUGCGUGAUGGAGCUGAGCCAGGCUCACCUCCUGCCGAAAGUCGUUCAGAGGAGUUUAUCUCUGAGGAUUACAGCCAGGGACAGUGAACGCAGCAGAUAUGGAAAUGGACACAUUCUGCAGGCGCUCAGGAGGGGGAACAGAGGAGGAGGAGGAGCACAGGGAGGCCUGGAUGGGGGCCAGGUUGAGAGCAGGGACCCUUUCCCGGUACAGAGGCCGCAGCCACCCCAGCCUGCGGCCCCCCAGAUACGCAGAUCUCCAAGUUUGCUGCACAGGAUCUUAUCCAAGUACCGGAAAAAGAGCGAAUGCCGGGGAGCCACCAAUGGGGCCUUCGAGAGCGACUAACGAGCCUUUGUCCUGGUUUUCUCAGAGAAGUUUGGUCCACAGAUGAGCUUCUGAUUCAUGCAAAUUAUGUCCUGACUCUCCUGAUUGUCCCCCAAAGGCUUUUGACUUUACUGUGCUUUUAGUGACAGCCGACCUGCUGAAUGUACUCUGGCAAGUAAAAAAGUUUUAGUGAAGAAAAUAUAAGCUAAAAACUAAAGAAGGGUGUGCAAAGUGUCUAUUUUUUGCAAUAUUUUUUCAGUGUGCCAUUAAAACUCAAAUGCUAAUGCAAAAUAUAUCUGCAAGUAAUGCAGAAAGUGGAAAAAAUAUUGCAUUUUGAUGUGUGAUAUGCCAAUGUAUAUGCAUAAAAGUGACAUACCUCUCCUGGAUAA